AUGGGAUUUUUCGAUUUUGUGAAGAGCGCCGGCAAGCGGCUCGGUUUCGGUGACGAUGAUGAAGCCAAUGCCGAGGAACUCAAGCGCGAACUGGAUUCGCACGGCCUUGGCACCGACGCGGUGCAGGUUGAGGUCAAGGGCGACACGGCGGUCAUUCGCGGCGCCGUGGAGGAUCAGUCGAUCUUCGAAAAGGCCGUCGUCGCCGUCGGCAACACGCUCGGCAUCUCGAAGGUCGAGGCGUCCGAACUCAAGGUCGUGCCGCCCGAAAGCGGUCUGAAGCUGGACGCCGGCGCCGACAUGAACGCGAUCAUCGCCGCUGCGACCCCGGCCGCCGAGCCGAAGUUCCACACCGUGGAAAAAGGCGACACGCUGUGGGCGAUCUCCGAGAAGGCUUAUGGCAACGGCUCCAAAUACGAGCUCAUCUUCGAGGCGAACAAGCCGAUGCUGACGCACCCGGACAAGAUCUAUCCCGGCCAGGUGCUGCGCAUUCCCGACAUCGCCGAGGCCUGA